AUGCCUUUCGAAACAAGCAACCUCAAAUUAACAAUACCUACGGACAUAGGAGAAGAAGAAUUGUUUUUAAGUCAUCGCCAGAAAAUGAUUGACGAUAAAUUGUUGAAUUGCUAUGCCAAUGAAAUUGCGUCGAUUAUUUCAGCUUUGGUAGACGUGAAAAACUGUAAUGGAUGUAUAAUUGAUCAUCCGUCGCAACGUCAACAUCCUUAUUUGAUGAUGGAAUCGGAUGAAAAACUGAAAUACUGGUUGUAUUUUGAUGAAGCACUGAAGUGUGUGUGUGAAGGAGAAGGGACAAUUGCAGAGAACUUUAUGAACAGUUUACACGACAUUAAUUAA